AUGCAGCCAGCCGCGUUUAAACUAGCAAUAGUUCUGCGACACACGCCCUCCGAGCUAACUGUGAAGCUGUUAGCGGACCUGUUACACUUACAUCCUCAAUCUGUCCAGCAAGAUUUAACAGCAUAUGUGUUGGCACUUUUGACUGAUGAUGAAGCGUGGUGUGGCAGUUGCGGUUCCAGUGGCGUAUCGGGAGCCGUGGCGACGGGCGGGGCUCCGAUGAGAGACCUUCAGUUGUUCGGAGACUGCGAGCUGGCCGUGCUGGCCGCCUCGCGCGAGGAGUACGACGCGCACGCCAAGCUGGUGCGCGCCGAGUACGCCGCGCUCGCGCACGACAACUACGUCGAGCUGCGGCUCAAGAUUCUGAACCAAUUCAAUCAAAUUCCAAAACUCUACAAUACAGUAGAGUUCGAGGGUUUCGAGGCAGCUGCGAGGGAAAAUAUCGAAAGGGAGAUCUGCACUCUCAGGGAGCAUCUGUUGACCGGAAGACACGAAUAG